UCCUUAAGGGCUACAUCUUUAUUGUCUAAAAGUGUAGUACAAAAACCUGUGUUACAAUGAAUCCUAACAUAAGUAUAUAUACUGAGCUUGGGCCUAUUACAUUGGGCUAAUAUAUGUCUAAUAUAUAUCUCUAACACCCUCCCUCAAACUCAAGGUGAAAGCUCGAUGAAGGCUUAAGAUUGGAUAAGCAUGAGAAGAUCACUUGAAGAUGCACUGAAGAAUGUCUUUGAAUAAACCACAAUGAAUAAUAUGCCAAUUGACCAAUUUCAGAGCUUCAAAUGAAGAAACAGAGUCCAAAAUCAGAAUCUACGUGAAAAAUUGAGCAAAAUAGGCAUUUUCGAAAAUUUUGACUUUUGGUCAAAGGUCAACGCAGAAAGUCAAAGUCAACUGUCAAGGUCAAAGUCAACGGAUACAUGGUCCAGGUCGGUUCUGGGUUUCUGAGUCAGGUCACGGAUCAGGUAGCAGAGCCAUUGACGUCAUCCUAUGACGUUUCGCUGACGUGGCCUAGGGCGUGCGUGGCAUGCUGACGUGGAAUGAUGAUGUCACCUGAUGACAUCAGCAUGAGUUCUUCGGCGCGUGACAGUGUGUGGUGGUGAGACAAAUACCCAGGCAGCAUGUGUGGGCAUGUGUGACGUCAUAUGAUCACCAAAUUCUUAGGUUAAGUAGAUCGGGAGACGACAAGGCUGUCUUGACGACGCGUGUGGCUAAGAUCCAAGCUAGGAGUCAAGAACCUUCGACGGCGCAUGUGAGAGUUCCAGGAGCCAUUGUCCAUGAGUGGUGGCACGUGCACUGCCGUUGGAGGUUGGGUUCCUGGAUUUUGGUCACGAUAUGCCAUGGAGCACGUUUGUCUUGUUGGUUUCAUCAGGCGAAGGCUUGAUGUGCACAGAUCUGAUAGGGAGAGGCACAAAUUGCUUGGGCUUAAGCAUCUGGACACAGCAGUGAUCCAUGGCAACUGCAAGAUGUCGUGGAGUCUAGAUCCAAAAGACAAGCAUUUGUGACUUCUGACGGUGGUGUGCACGUGAGAAUUUUCUUUGCUUGCUAGAGAUGUUUGUUUGAUGCCAAGAACUAAGUUUGACUCUGAUACCAUGUUAAAAAUAAUAUUAUUAUUAGCAAUGCGAUGUAUUAUACCAUGUUGUGUAUGUUAGAGUGGAUGCGGAAAAUGAAGCAUAGAAUAGGAACACCGAGAACACGAGGUUUACGUGGUUCAGCCUUAACGGCCUACAUCCACAAAUGAAUCCAUUAAGGAUUACAUCUUUAUUGUAUAAGAGUGUAGUACAAAAACCUGUAUUACAAUGAACCUUAACAUGAGUAUAUAUGGGCAACUAAACCCUAGACUACUAGUACAAGUAAAACUGUUCUUGAGCCUAUUACAUUGGGUUAAUAUAUAUCUAAUAUAUAUCUCCAACAGCAUCAAUGUUAUCAUGUUCUAUGCUCCUCAACUUUUCAAAACAAUUGGGUUUGGGGAUAAUGCUUCACUCUUAUCCGCCCUCAUCACUGGUGGAAUCAAUUGUUUUGCUACAUUGGUCUCCAUCUAUGGUACUGAUAGAUGGGGUAGAAGAUUUCUUUUCCUAGAGGGUGGAAUUCAAAUGCUCAUAUUUCAGGUUUUGGUAACAAUCUUCAUUGGAUGGAAAUUUGGAGUAACAGGUCAAGUUAUAGACUUGCCCAAGUGGUUUGCUGGCCUUAUUGUGUUCUUCAUAUGUGCCUAUGUUGCUGCUUUUGCGUGGUCAUGGGGGCCAUUGGGAUGGUUAGUGCCAAGUGAGAUUUUCCCACUAGAGAUUCGAUCGGCUGCACAGGGUAUCACUGUUUCUGUGAACAUGCUCUUCACAUUCAUUGUGGCCUAAUUAUUCCUUACCAUGCUCUGUCACUUGAAGUUUGGCUUGUUCAUCUUCUUUGCCUUUUUCGUGGUACUCAUGACCCUCUUUGUAUAUUUCUUCUUGCCGGAAACAAAAAACAUUCCCAUUGAAGAAAUGACACUUGUGUGGAAGGAGCAUUGGUUUUGGAGGAGAUUCAUGCCUGAAGAUCGCCCUCAAGUCUAAAUUCCUUGUGCUAACAUAUAUUUUUUAUUGGUCUAUUAAUUACUUUGGUUUUUAAUUUCGCUUUAGUAUUACGCUGGAACCCCUUACUAUAAAUAUUUGUUUUAAUUUUA